UUCCAGGGGUUGCCAGAUUUGUUCAAAAAGUGCAUCAGCCCGUCGUUUUCAAAGGCUUUUCUUACAUCAGCAAGCUGUUACUGUCAUUCGUUUUGUGUGUGUCGCUUUCUAAACCGUAACUUUCAUCUCUUACAACGAUGAAGAGGAAGGGGACUCGUGGUCGUCCACGAAAACAGCAAGUUGCCGCAUCUGUUAUGUCAGCAGAAGAUGAUGCUGAACAAGCUAUGGCGCCUGCAGCAGGAGAAGAAAACGUAACUGAAGGAAGAAUUACCACUACAAUUGCACAAGAAGAAGAAAAAACAGGUGAAGAUCAUACCAUGACUGAAGUGAAAAUGGAAACAUCGGCCGAUGAAGCUUUGGAUGAAGAGCCUGAAACCCAGGAAGAGGAAGUGCAGGAGCAAGAACAAGAUCAGGAGCACGAACAAGAACAAGAGCAAGGACAAGAGCAAGAGCAAGAGCAAGAACAAGAACAAGAACAAGAGCAGGAAGAAGAAGAAGCCACGACAGCUAACGGGGAUGAAGUGAAGGAAGAAGAUUCUGAUAUUAAGAUGGAUACAGCCGGUGUAGUUGAAGCAUCUGGAGAUGGUGAAACGGAAGAUGCUCAUUCUUUGCUAGUGGAAACUGAAGAAGCAGAAUUUGUUGAGAACGAAGUUUACAAGGGCUUGAGAGCACAGAGUGUGAAGCCAAAGGUCGCUGUAGCACUGAUUGAAUUAUAUGAAGCAACUGAUAUGUCACCGCAAGAACUUGACGAUCGUGCAAUUGAAAUGCUUCGCUCCCUUCCUCUCGAACAUGCAUUGUUCAUCAUCAAAGAGGUGAAAGAGUCGAAACUCAUGGGUGUUCAAAACAAGGCUCAGUUUUUAAUGUCGGUUAUGCGCAAUUUUCGUGACAAAGUUCGACAGCUUGGAGCAAACGUUGCUCUCUCGCAAAAAUUGGUCAAUGGACCUUCGGUUGAAAAAAUCAAGGAGAUUUUGGAUCGAACAGGAUACAAUUUAGAAGUGACCAUCGGCCAGCGAAAAUAUGGCGGACCACCACCAGACUGGGAUGGGCCAGCAGCGGGCCCACAGGGGUCUGGACACGAGAUUUAUAUUGGCAAGAUUCCGAAAGAAGUUUACGAAGACACUCUGAUAACACUUUUCGAAGAUAUGGGAAAGAUUUGGGAUUUGCGGCUUAUGAUGGAUCCUUUAACGGGAAGAAAUCGUGGCUACGCUUUUUUAACAUAUUGCGACAAAACAUCAGCCUAUGAGGCUGCUAAAAAGUUUGAUGGUUACGAAAUAAUGCCCGGAAAAAAUCUGAAAGUGAACGUGAGCGUUGCCAACACACGACUGUUUAUUGGGAACAUUCCAAAAUCGAAGUCAAAAGAGGAAAUUCUUGCGGAAUUUAAAGAACACACAGAGGGCGUGACAGAUUGCAUAAUUUAUUCAAGUCCUGAUGCAGGAGAAAGCCGCAAAAAUCGUGGCUUCUGUUUCCUUGAUUUCUGUGAUCACAAGACCGCAUCAGACGCAAAACGCAAGAUUCAUGCUGGCAAGCUGAGACCGUGGAAUUCGGAUUUAGUGGUAGAUUGGGCUGAACAGCAGGAGGAACCAGAUGAAGAAACGAUGGCAAAAGUAAAAGUAUUAUAUGUUCGGAAUUUAAAAGAGGCCGUUACUGAGGAACAACUUAAAGAAAUGUUUUCGGCUUAUGGUGAAGUCGAUCGAGCGAAGAAAAUUCGUGAUUAUGCCUUCAUCCAUUUUAUGGAAAGAGAACCCGCUAUCAAGGCGAUGGAAGCACUCAAUGGUACAGAAUUGGAGGGAAUCGCAAUUGAUAUUUCUCUUGCGAAACCCCAAAGUGAUAAGAAAAAAAUGAUGCGUGGACGUGGUCGAGGUUUUGGUGGUCUACGUGGUGCAUUUGGUGAUUUUAGUUUUGGUCGUGGUGUACGAGGUGGACGUGGUACAUCAGGUUUCGGACGUGGUAGUUUCGGUGGACCAACUGAUUUUGGUUACAGUGGUUAUGAUCCCUAUGCAGGCUAUGAAGAAUUAUAUGGUUAUGGAGCUCCUCCAGGUGCUUAUGGAUAUGGUUAUGAUGCUUAUGGUUAUGGUCCUGAUCCUUAUGGUUACGGGUAUGGUGCACCGCCGAUAGGAGGCCGGGGAGGUCGAGGUGGUGUGCCGGGAAGUGGAUUUCAGCCACGUGGUUCCGCAGGUCGAGGUCGUGGUACAGGAGGGCGAGGUAGUCGUGGAGCAACGACGCCUCGAGGUGCUAAACGGCCGGGUGAUGCUGCUGGCGGUCCCGCGUCAAAGCGAGAGUUUGGCAGUGAUGAUUUCUCAGCUGAUGUUAAUAUGAAUUCAUUUUAAGUUGUGAAUUUUCCAUAGCUCAUUCACAUUAUCAUGAUUCUCAUUUUAUGUUUUCUGCCGCAUUUUAUGAUGCCCAGGAUGGGAGCUUUUCGAUUAUUUAUUUUUCACCAGUUUUGUUAUUUUGGUGGUUAGUACCUCAAAGCAUAAUCUUUUGCACAGAGUUUUAAUUAUAAGUCAAGUCCAGGCGCGGUCUUAUGUUUCAGUUUGAUCAUAUACGUGUUAUAACGUUAUUAUAUCGUUUUUCUUUCUCUUUAGAUCUUUUGGAUUUGGCAUUCUGCCUUUUCAUGGAGCACGGUAUUAUUCAUCUUUGAGAGUUCAAAAGCUUCAUGGUCGUGAGAGGAAUCUUUCGGGAUUUUCGAUUUUUGACUUAUAUUUGAUCUUACGGGAUUGUUUCAGUUUUUGAUCCAGUGACUUUAUUUUUGCCGUAGUUAAAUUAGUUCAUUUUGCUGAUUAUUUUAGA